AUGGAUGUGGACCCAGAGGCCGAGCUCUUGCCUCUUCACAUCCGACCGUUCGAUCCGGCGGCCUACAGACCGAUGAUUCACGUGCUACCUCCUGAUGGUCUUCGCCAGUUCAGGACUUUUGAUAGGGGCGUGCCACGAGAGCUUCUUCUGCGCGAGCCAGAGUCACAUCUGUCUUACGGCACUUCUGAGUUGUGGGUCUAUGCCUACUUCUUGAGGCUUGCCCUAGUGCCGGACGAGGAGACCCCCCUCGGCGUUCCAUUCUCCCACCGCUUCAAUGUGAGAUACGUGCGGAGACCCCGGGAGUCGUUUAUAUUCUUCCGCCGCUACUUCGACACCAUCACCGCCGCAGAGAUCACCUGGCAGCCUUGGGCUCCAUUGCCAGCCGUAGUUCAGAAGCGGUAUGUAGGCGCUGAGGAGUCCGCCCGAUUCAGGCUUCUGUUGGAGGGCCCGGUCUGUCGGGCUUGGUACCUAGGCGAGCGCUUCCUGCGCCAGACCUUAGGUUUACCAGAGCAGAUAGUUCCAGGUCCGCCUCCUAUCGACACGAGGCAAACAGAGAGGUACCCCCCAUAUGAGAUGGCCGAUUACACGAUCGGAUGGGAGGCAGAGAGCUUCAGAGGCGAGGGCAACUAUGCAGAGUACGUCCAGACCUUCAUCAUGCGGCCCCUAAGCAGUGGUCGUCGAGCUGAGAGAGAGAGGCCUGCGGCGCCAGCGGCCGGAGCGGGAGCGGGAGAAGGGGCAGGAGCACCUUGGAUGGCUCGGGCCCGUGGCAGGAAUGGGCCCCGGAGAGGACGGGGGGCUAGUUAGCCAGCACUGCCCAUGACGAUGACAUGCAGAGGGUAGGGUAGGGAGACUUACUAGAUCCCUAUCGCUCCCCCUCCGGCUAAUCACGAGCUAGUCGGUUUCUAUGACUUGCCUCCGAUAAGUAUUAUUGCAUUUUGUAUUUUGCAUCGUCAUUUCAUUUCAUUUCGUUUGAUAUUCCGCAGAAUACUGAUGCUUCUAACACUUUUGCAGGCUUCCUCCGAGUACACUCGCCAGUCUUUGGAGUUGACCGCCUCCGUGAUGGGGAUGUUCCAGCGGAGCCUUGACCUGCUGGCUAUCUACGGU